UCUGUUUUCAAAAGAGUUGGCUGCGUAAAAGAAGGAGUACUCUUUUCUGGACUGCAUUCCAAUUGAGGAAAGGAAUUCCAAAUCUAUGGUCAUUUUGAAAGGUGAAAGAUGAUGAAAAAUGUAACAAUGGCAGUUAAUGACAGUGUGUGUACUGUGGACUCCGAGUUCAGAUACACCCUCUUCACAGUGUUCUACAGCAUAGUCUUCGUUGUGGGGUUGCUGGCCAACUGCUACGUGCUCUGGGUCUUUGCACGAAUUUAUAGAAUUAAGAAAAUGAGUGAGAUCAAGAUCUAUAUGAUCAACUUGACUGUAGCUGACCUUCUCUUCAUUAUGACUCUACCACUGUGGAUUAUCUAUUACAACCAGAACGGGGACUGGACCCUAAACCUGCUCUUCUGCAAUCUAUCUGGCUUCCUGUUCUUUGUCAACACCUACUGCUCCAUAGCCUUCUUAGCAGUGAUCAGCUUCAACCGUUACCAGGCUGUGACCAAACCCAUGGAGACUGCUCAAUCAAGCCUGAGGAGGCGUGGGGUGGUGGUCUCAGUGGUCAUCUGGGUCAUCAUUGGGGCUAGUGCAAGCCCAUAUCUCUUCAUGGAUGGACUGAACAAAGACAACAACAUGAUGCGUUGCUUUGAGGGCUACAAACCCGAACACACAUGGGUGGCCAUUACCCAUUUACUCAUUGUUGCUUGCUUCUUCCUGGUUUUCAUCCUCAUUCUUGUGUUCAACCUGCUGAUCAUAAGAACCCUCCUCUCCCAGCCAGUGCAACAGCAAGGUUCCAGGAAGGGGGGACCCAAACAGCGAGCCCUGCGGAUGGUGUUUGCCGUGCUGGCGGUUUUUGUCAUCUGCUUUGUCCCCCACCACUUCAUCAAUGGUCCCUGGACCAUGGCGGUCUUGAGACUCUGGAGGAGAGGGGACUGUCAUCUCCUGCAGACCCUUAACGAUGCCCAUCAGGUCACCCUCUGCCUGGUGGGCCUCAACUGCAUCCUCGACCCCAUCACCUACUGUUUCGCCACCACGAUGUUCCAACGUUACCUCACAGUGAGGAUUCAGCAGAUUAGGAGUAAGGCUGAUAUUUAAGCAACAGAUCCUGAAGAAGGAGGCUUUACUGUCUGAUAAGGCCUGCCUCAUGCUGUUUAAUGUCCCGAGCCGAAGGCAAGAGCAUUUAACAUAAUGAGAAGGGCCUUCCCAGACAGUGAAGCCCUCUUAUGAGGGUUCUAUUGCUAAUAGAAAUGGCUGCAGUAUCCCAGCAGUGGACUGUGUUGCGUUGUGUGUAUUUCCAAUAGCUUAAAAAAUACCUCAAUACUAAAACACAUCUUCUACGUACAUGAAGCUGUUCUUCAGUCAGGUACCUCGUACAAAAAGCAAACAUGAUUUGUGAACUGUUUGUAAAAGAUGUAAAAAAGUACAACUAACAUUUUUUUUUUUAUUAGUAUUUGAGCGCAGGUGUGUGUUUAAGUGUAUGUUUUAGUAUUUAAGUUGCCGUUAGGUCCUAGAAUUUAUUAGCGUUUCAGUUGUCUGUGUUAAUGCUGAUCGUGCUGUUUGUUCAGUUGUUCACAGUGUGUUCAUAAAGUUUAUUCAAGGCCCCCUUCAUGGCUUUAGAGAAGAGAGCACCUGUGUUGUUGGAAUAAAGUUGCUGAAAGUAA